AUGGUAUUGAUGGAAGUAGCAGGACUUUUACCACUUGUAUAUCAGAUAGAAGAUGUUCAUACACGUGAUGAUUUAUGUGUUCGAGAAAUUGAAAUAUUACAAGGUGGCAAAUUAGCGGUGAAAUCAGAAGUUUCAUUUCAUGAGGCAUGUCGAGAAUCGAUAGCACAUCAGUGUCACAUGCCUGUAACACCGAUGCCUGAUUUUUGCAAUCCGUUAUCAGAAGCAGUUAAGCAAAUGUUAGAAAAUAAAGACGAGGAUGUAUUCCCAUUAUCACUCGAAAUCCAUGAAUUCGCUAAUACAGUAUUAUUGAAUCCCAUCAAUGAUAUCUUUGAUAUUCGUAUUGUUGAUGCUGAUUCAUUUGCAAUGGCAACAAUGAAAGGAUUUUUUACCAAAAUUUGGGCUAAAACAAAAGAAAAAAUUGAUGAAAAUUUAAAUUAUCACAAAUUGUUGGCAUCAUAUUUUGUGGAAACAACCCUUUUACCUUCUAUGUUACGAUAUCAUAUCAGCCGUGGUUUCUCACCAACUGAAUUGCAACCACUCGAUUAUUGCUUAUGGAUUCAUAGCAACGAUAUUAAUAGCAAUGAAUGGCUUCUAUGCGAAAAUCAUUUCUCUAUCGCAAGUAAAAAUACGUUUUCUUUAAAUCGUUACCAUUUGUUAUUAUUAAUAAUUAUUAUUGCAUUGCCACAGUAUUUCGAAUAA